AUGGAAGACAAUAAGCUAACUCAGGAAAUGAAAAGACACGCUGUUAUCGUCGCUAUACACGUGAAUCACAGCGAUCUUGAAAUCUCCCGAUUUUUGAAAGUCGCUCUAUCUUUUGUUAACAAAGNCAAUGUGGAAAGUGUUGCCAAGCGUAAUCAUGAAGCACGUUCUGAUAAAGUUAGAACAUCACAGUUUGUGCAGAAAGUUCAGGGUAUUAUUGAUGAAGACCCUUCAAAGUCCAUAAGGGCAAUAUCGAAAGAUCUCCAAGUUUCUGAGUGCACAAUUCGUCGCAUUAUACACGAAGACAUCCGGUACAAGUCUUACGCGAUGUGUAGAGGUCAGUUCAUGUCUGCACAAACUCGAGAACAGCGAUUCAUUCGGGCACAACGGUUCCUAAACAAGUUAAAAGACCCUGAAAUCUCGGAUAUGCUCUGGUUU